UGAUAUAUGAAUAAUAAAAUCUGAAAUAAGUUCUUAGUUGGAUUAAAAGAAAUUUUGUCAAAAAAAUUUUAAGUAAUAUGUAUAUAUUUUAUUAUAUUAUUAUUUUGAUUUUAAAAUAAUAAUUUAACUUUGCAGGAUAUAAGAGAGAUUCUUAAAAGGACUAAUUCAGGAAGAGAAGUUUUGCAACUUCUGAAUACACAAAAUCUUACAAAUGAUUACAGGUACAAGUUUACAAGAAUUUUAGUUGCAGAACUUGUAAAGAGAUUUGGACCUUACCCUUCAAGAGAUGUCAAAGAAAAGUUAGCAGCAUCCAUUAUUAAAUAUUUUCCAUUCCUUCAAGAUGAAGAUGGUGGAUAUGACACGUGGUUUUGUAGAGGUAAAAAACAUAAAUCAUCAAGUGGAUAUCUAGAAGAAAGAUUGAGAAACCAUCGAAAAAAAUAUUAUAAGAAUAAAAGUAUGAAAAAUUCAGAUAUGGUUGAUGACAUCUGUUUACCACCAAAUACAAAAAAGAAAUUGAAAAAAGAUAGUAAUACAUCAAGUACAAGUUCUUUGAAGCCAAAAGAAAAUACUGUAAAAACAAAGGAUAAAUCAAGUACAAAGAAUACAUUAAAAGAAAAUAAAUCAAUGAGUUCUGAAGUUAAUUUAAUAAGCAAUAAUCAAAAUUCUGACAGUGAAGAAGUGGAUGAAGUAACAGUUGUUUCAUAUAAUGAUUAUUGUGUACUCAAGAAUGAAUUAGAAACAUUAAAAGUGGAGUUGGAACAUGAAAAAGAAUUAAGACAAAAUUUGACAAAGUUUUUUGAAAUGUCUAUUGAUGCUAUAAAAAAAGAAGAGCCGUUGCAGAAAACACCAACGAAGAGAGGAAGACCACCAAUAAAUCGUCUAAAGCAAUCAACUAACAACACAAUAUCAUCGGAGUUAGAGACAAACCGUACCACGGACUGUACAGAAAUAAGAACUGAAUUUCCAACACAGACAGGUGAGAAAUGUAAUUUAAACCCUUUGAUAGAGCUAACAACUACGGAAACAGUAGACAUUUCAACUACAGACCUAUGGUUGAAAAUAGUAGAACUUAAUAAUACCACCUUUGGUCCCAAGCAGUUAAGACUGACGACUGCCCCUCAGAGGUCUCAAUGUCAAAGUAUUAGUGCUGAAAGUGUUGCUAGUGUGAGCAAUCUUGUAGACUCAGGUGCCAGUUCAGAACGCCAAUCAUUGCAACAACCAGUGCUUCAACUUUGUAAUGCAAAAGAUGGUGCUUACAUUGCAGAGCUUAUAGGGACUAUGAAAAUGAUAGCCAGCAAUUAUUCAGUUGCAUCAUGUCAUGAUAUAAAGGAGACAAUCAAUGCCAACUGUGCAGACAAUCUUCCAAAAGAAUUCUCAUUGUCACAUCAAAAAAUGAGAUACUUAAUCACUGAAGCUUUGGCCCCAUAUUUCUUUGAUCAAAUGGUAGAUGAUGCACAAUGGUCAUAUUCAUAG